AUGGAGCGGCACGGCGAACUUUUGCUGGGAGGAGCUCCCAUCAAGCUGAGCCAGGGCCCCGAGAGUUUGCAGAUCGGCUGCGAGGACACCACUGGAUUCCAACCUUGGGCGGCAGCCUCGCGCGCUGCCGCAGAAGUGUUGCCAUCGCCGGGGCCCAGGCUCCAGCUCGAGUUGGGAUCCGGCUUAGGCGCCUUGGGCGUCCGCGCCGCCGCCGGGGGCCUCGUGUUGCUGUCAGACAAGGAGGUGCCUGUGCUGGGCCUGGCAUUGAAAACUGCUGCUCUGAAUGGCGCGCGCUGCGAUGCGGUAGCCUAUGACUUUGCCAAAGGGGCGCGAGCGCCUUUUCGCCCCGGAGUCUUCGACCUCCUCUUGGCUUCCGAUGUGCUCUUCAUGGACCG